CGGAAGCGCUCGUGGCGCGCUGACGUCGGUGAGGAAGGCGUUGCGGUCCGCGCGAGCUACAGAACGAGCGAAGGGAAUCAAGAUGGCGGACCUCGAAGACGUUACGCUGGACGGGAGGCCGCUCCAUUCGCUCCGGGUGGCGGAUUUGAAAGCGGCAUUGGAAGAAAGAGGGCUUCCGAAAAGCGGACAGAAGAAUGCUCUCAUCAAGAGGCUCAAAGGGGCUCUCAUGUUGGAGAACCUUCAGAAAACCUCCACUCAUCACAUUGGCCUGCAGCCUAACUCCCGGAUUGGGGAGGAAAUGAGUCAGAACAGCUUCAUUAAACAGUACCUGGCCAAACAGCAAGAGCUUCUCAGGCAGCGAUUGGAGAGAGAGGCACGAGAGGCAGCUGAAACUGAUGGAACAGACCAUGAAGACCACACAGAGGCCAAUGACAGCAUCUGUGCUGCCCCUAACCAGGAUGUUGCUCCCUCCUUAGUCGACCAACACAAAGGAGGUGCAGCAGUUGGGGUGACUGCCAGUGAGAAUGAUGAGCUCAGAGAAAAAGAAUCACCCGGGCAGCCGUCCCCCUCCACACCUGCCCAGCCUGGUGCAAUAGCCUCUUUGUCGGUGCGGGUUGUUGGUGAAAGAGGACCGACUUCAAGCCAUGUACUGGCCGACAGUGAUGAUGACAGCGAAGGUGGGGAUGACAAUGAUGGCGAAGAGGAAGAGUGGAACGCCAAAGCUCAACGGAGUCGUCGAGCACAGCCUCCAAAAAGCCAACCGGUGAGGGAAAGAUCUGGUGGCUCGCAGCAGCAACAGCAGCAGCCGCCCCCCCAACACAUACCUUUACUAUCACAGCAGCUCAGACAGCCCACUCCUCCCCCAUCUCCUCCUCCUGAACUCUCUUUUCCUCUCCCAGACACCCCUAAACAGAGCCCCCCUAGUCCUGGAGAGCCCCCAUCUAGACAGCGCAUAUCUAGCUCUUCGAGCUCUGGUAGUUCCAGUAGUGACAGUCGUAGCAGUAGCCCUGAACCAGCAGGUGACUCCACAGAACGCAGACCAGGCCCGUUGACCUUACUGGCACGCAAAAUGGAGUCUGAGGGAGCUUUCUCUGGGGCGGGAAAGCGUGAUAGGGAGGGAAUUGAUGGACAGAGAAGCCACCAAGAGGGAGUUGUAUCCGCAAUUACCCAUACGGCUAAUGCAGCGUCAGUUCUGUCAUAUCCUAGUUCAGUGAUCUCCAACCAAGGUGUUAGUGUCGUUAGGACAGCUGUGACAGAGGAGAGUGAUGGCACAAAGCAGGAUGAGGGUAGUCAUCUGUUAUGGGAGCAAGAUAGCAAAAGGAAGGAAAGGAACAGAGAACAAGAGAGGCUGAAAGCCCUAGAGAAGGAGAGAAAGGAAAGGGAGAGGGUAUUGGAAGAAGAGCGAGCACGCGUUUUGGAACGGGAAAGACAGGAACGAGAAGAAGCUCUGAAACAGGAGAGGGAGAGGGCUUUACAGCGGGAAAGGGAGGAGAAAGAAAAGGCCUUGCAGCGGGAGAGAGAAGAGAGGGAGAGGUUAGAGAGAGAACGAGCAUUAGAGCAAGAACGACUCGAGAGAGAAGCUUUGGAACGAGAGAGGCAAGAAAAGGAGAGAAUGGAGAGAGAGAGGCUGGAGAAAGAAAGGCAAGAACGAGAACAAGCCUUAGAGAGGGAGAGACAAGAACGAGAACGAGCUCUAGAGAGGGAGAGAUUGGAGAGAGAGCGCCUUGAGAAGGAACGACAAGAACGAGAACAAGCUCUGGAGAGGGAGAGAUUGGAGAAAGAGCGGCUUGAGAAGGAAAGGCAAGAACGAGAGCAAGCUCUGGAGAGGGAGAGAUUGGAGAAAGAGCGGCUUGAGAAGGAAAGGCAAGAACGAGAGCAAGCUCUAGAGAGGGAGAGAUUGGAGAAAGAGCGGCUUGAGAGGGAAAGACAAGAACGAGAACAAGCUCUGGAGAGGGAGCGAUUGGAGAAAGAGCGGCUUGAGAAGGAAAGGCAAGAACGAGAACAAGCUCUAGAGAGGGAGAGAUUGGAGAAAGAGCGGCUUGAGAAGGAAAGGCAAGAACGAGAACAAGCUCUAGAGAGGGAGAGAUUGGAGAAAGAGCGGCUUGAGAAGGAAAGAAAAGAACGGGAACAAGCUAUAGAGAGGGAGAGAUUGGAGAAAGAGCGGCUUGAGAAGGAAAGACAAGAACGAGAACAAGCUCUAGAGAGGGAGAGAUUGGAGAAAGAGCGGCUUGAGAAGGAAAGGCAAGAACGAGAACAAGCUCUAGAGAGGGAGAGAUUGGAGAAAGAGCGGCUUGAGAAGGAAAGGCAAGAACGAGAGCAAGCUUUGGAGAGAGAGAGACAAGAAAGAGAACAAGCCCUAGAGAAGGAGAGGAAGGAGAAAGAAAAGCAAGAACGAGAGCAAGCUUUGGAGAGAGAGAGACUGGAAAGAGAAGCUGCUUUGGAGAAAGAGAGACAAGAAAUUGAGAGGGCCAAAGAACAGGAAAGGCUGGAGAAAGAGAGGGCUUUGGAAAAAGAAGCUGCUCUGGAACGCAAGAGGCAGGAGCGAGAAAGGCUUGAGAAGGAGAAAGCUUUGGAAGAAGAGCGUGAAAGAGAAGCGCAGAGAAAAGCAGAGGAAGAUCGAGCAUUGGAAAAACAGAGAGAGAAGCAGGAGAGUGCUUUGAAAGAAGAGAAGCAGAGAGCCUUGAAGGAGAGCGAAAGGUUGUUGGAGCAAAAAAGAGUGCAGGAGGAGAAAGAAAAGGCUUUGAAACACGAAAAAGAAACGCAUGAAAAAGAGGAGGAACGAGAGAAAGAAAGCCGUCUUCCUCCAUGGAAGCGUGGUCGUGAUAUCGGUGGUUUCUCUUGUCCAGCUACCCAUCCUGUUUCUCUCGAGAGUCCAUCGGAGAAGCCAGACGAAAGUGAGGCUGGGGAACCACAGAGUGCCGGCAAAGAUGCUCGACCUUCAGAGUCUGUCCCACAACAGUCACCCACACUUGCAACACCACUAUCCCCUCAAUCUUCCUCUAAGAAGUCCCGCUUCCUUAGAGAUGCUCCUCUGACGGUUCCUCUCCCAUGCUCUCCAACUUCUGUGCUGAAGAGGCCUCGUACUUUCUCAGACAGCCCGAUGCCACAAGCCCCCUCAAUUCCAUUAGCAUCUAAAUCUGGGGAACCAGUGCAUGAAGAUGCUGUUCACGCCCCUCAAACAUCAGUCCUUGUUGCAGCACCUCAUGAGCUUGAGAGCAAGACCCCUGAGUUGGCCGCCAAAAAACAUGCACCACAAGAGGAAGAAAAGAUGGAGACAUCAAAGGACAGUGAGGCAAGCAAAGACACUAAACAUGAGAUGCUCAAAAAAAUUGAGGAUGAGAAGAAAAGAGGAAGGGAAAGGGUAAAGAAGGAGGUGGAGAAAAAAGAAAGAAAAUCAUCAUCCUCUAGCGAUUCAUCUUCAUCUGACUCGGAUUCUGGGUCUUCAUCCUCCUCUCGCUCCUCCAGUUCAUCAUCAUCGUCAUCAUCGGAGGAGGAGAAAAGUCGUCCCACUUCAGGUGGUAGGAGGUCUAAAGAGGUCCAGAAAGAUUCUUCAUCUCAGCCCACAGAAAAAGUUGGUCAAACUGUGGCUGUGACUGAAAAGCCUCCUACAUCCCAGCGCAAAAAACGAGUCUUCACAGAGCAGGAGGAGAAAGACGUGUGCAAUGAGGAUGUCAUCCAAACCAAGAAACCCUGCCUUGAACUCCACGAUGAGAAGAUGGAAACAAGGAGAAAGGAUGAUAUUGAGGAAGAUGACACUAACAAAGACACUACCAGUAGUGAGGUGAAGGAGGCUGUCAUGGCGGAGCCUGAGAAGGUUCCAGAGAGCAGUGAGGAGAGCACCACGCCAAAGACCUUCUCGGCCCGAAAGAUCUCUCUCGGCAGCAGCAAACCGUCUCCUGGGGUGGUGAGUUCGGAAGGGGAAGCGGAGACCGCAAGCGGUGCUAGCGCUGGCAGGAAGAGAAGAUGGGGCUCCAGUACAGCCGUCACUGCCAAGAAACCCUCCAUCAGUAUCACCACAGACUCAUUGAAGUCUUUAAUACCAGACAUCAAGCCUAGUUUGGGGCAGGAGGCUGUGUUAGACCUGCAUCCGGAGGAGAUGCAUCUCUCUGGGGAAGAGGAAGGAGGAGAAAGGGGUGACCAAGAGCUGAAAAUUAGACGAACUGUAACACAGGUUGUGCCCUCUGACACACAAGAGAAUGGACAGAAAGAAUCCAAAAGAAGUGAGCAAGAGGAUGAGGAAGAAAGAAGUGAAGGGCGGGAUAGACUUAGCCAGGAGGAGAAAAUGGAAGGCUCCAUACAGGUUUCCAUGGAGACAGAGCCAUCGCCCCCUUGGCGAGACGUAGAUGUGAAGCCAGUCGCUCCCAGUGACACGCUGAUUCGGCGUUCGAUUAGUCAGCAGAAGUCAGGAGUGAGUAUCACCAUUGAUGACCCGGUCCGCACAGCCAAACAACCCUCUCCUCCUCGUGGCAAGCUGUCGAACAUUGUCCAUGUCUGCAACCUGGUGAGGCCGUUUACCUUGGGGCAGCUGAAGGAGCUGUUGAACCGCACAGGGACUUUAGUGGAGGAAGGUUUCUGGAUCGACAAGAUUAAAUCUCACUGUUACGUCACAUACUCAAAUACAGAAGAGGCGAUGGCCACUCGCACAGCAUUACAUGGGGUUAAAUGGCCCCAGAGUAACCCAAAGUUCCUCAGUGUUGACUUCUGCACGCAAGAGGAGGUGGACUUCCACAGGGGUUUGGGUCCAGCAGGAGAAAAGCCACCAGAAGAGCCCCGUGGGGCGGCAGCCGCUGGACCUGGCCGUCCGGUACCCCCGCCUCUCCUGCCGGAGCGUGACCAGUGGGCAGAACGAGAGAGGGAAAUGGAAAGGAGGGAGAGAUCGCGUGCGGAAAGGGAAUGGGACAGAGAUAAGGUGAGAGACUUCAGCAAACCUGGAGAGGAGCGGGAAGCUGGCGCCAGAAGAUCACGUUCACGAGAACGCGAGAGGCGGCGCAAGGAAAGAGGGAAGAGCAAAGAGAGGAAAACCGAUAAGAAGGAAAAAGGACCUGAGGAGCCACCCGCUAAACUGCUGGAUGACCUCUUCCGCAAAACCAAAGCCGCCCCAUGCAUAUACUGGCUCCCCCUCACCGAGGAGCAGGCAGCACAGAGGGUAGCGGCUCGUGCCGAGCGCAUGAGGGAAAGAGAGAAGAGGUGGAAGGAGAUGGAAGAGGAGGAUAAGAAACGUGAGGAGGAGCAUCGGGAGAGGAUGAAGACCAGCGGGGCCGCCGGAGGGGAAGGUGAGCGAGACCGCGACAGAGAACGAGACCGAGACAGAGGUCGAGAGAGGGAGCGAGAGGGGGACAAGCGGAAGGAGGGAUAUCGCAGGCCUGGUGGAAACAGUGCAAGCGGGAGCAGGAGGUCACGAAGCCGCAGCAGCCCUCCACCCAGAGAUCGACGACGCUAAGGGAAGUCUGGAACUGUUGAGUUUGUAACCCCUGUUCCUGUAUGUGCUGUAACAGCUCUAUGCCUACCUUCCUGAGGACCAACUCAGACUUCAUUCAAACACACACAUGCACACACACACUCUGCGUAAAGAGACACGGGUGCGCGCACACACACACACACACACACACACACACAUUGGGACCACGGUGGUGCUGUGUCUCCAUGUAGACUCGUCUCAGUGUCUCUUGACUGGGCUUUAAGACUCCUGGUGUUCAUUUUCCCUCCUCAGUGUUAAUGGACUUCUGGUAUAAGUGGGUCGGACUGCAAGGCAUUCUCCAGGUUUGGUGACGUCCUCUUUCUCUUUCCGUGUAGCGUCAACACCGAUCUGUGUGAAGCUGCGUUCAGAAAGAGAUGCUCUGAAAGCCUUUAGUGUCACUUAAGUCCUGAUCGCUACUUUACGUUUUCCUCUUCUGUUUCCCUCACAUUCCUUGUAUCAUUUUUUUUUUUUUUCCCCACCCAUUGUCUGCCUUUUACAACCCCUAUGUUUUUAGCCAAGCUGCCAUGGAGAAUGGGAUGCAUAUUUAACCUUUUCACAUUUGGUUUUUAAAUUUUUUUUUUUUUUAUUAUUAUUAUUAUUGUUUUAGCAUAAAAGCUUCAUUUUGUUUUCUUUUAAUUUUAUUGUUUACUCCUGUAAGUGCUGAAUGUACAAAUAAAAAGGUUACAUCUAAGGACUGAGAAAAAAAAAGUUUUGUCAGUUUUUGUAGGGGGUCGACUUCCACCGGUUUGGAGUUUAUCCACAGUUUUGUGUUGCUUCUGUUAUGCGUCUAGAUCCCUCCGAAUAUAAUCAGCUGAGCUGUGCACGUGACACACACCCAGUACACAGCUUCAGUUGACACGUCUCACUUUUAUUUUUGAGUUUAUUCAGCCACUUGAUUUUCUGGUUUGUCCGAAAUAAAAUAGACCGAUUUUAUGAA